GGCCUUCACGACCCACCCAUGAUGGCGGCGGCGGCGGCGGCGGCGAGGCGCGCCGCCACCGGCCUCUUCCCGCUGCUCCUCUCCUCACAGUCCCGAGCCUUCCCGCGCCACGGAGAGUCCCUAGCCCUGCCCGCUCUCGUUCGCCCCCGCCGCCUCCUUUCCCACCCCGCCAAGCUCUUCUUCUGCUCCGCCGCCGCCUCCUCCAAUGGCGCGGCCCCGGAGAAGGCCCGGGACAUGCACCUGUACAACACGAGGUCGAGGAGGAGGGAGCCGUUCCGUCCGCGCGCGCCCGGCGGGGAGGUCGGCAUGUACGUCUGCGGCGUCACGCCCUACGACGACAGCCACAUCGGCCACGCCCGCGCCUACGUCGCCUUCGAUGUCCUCUUCAGGUACUUGCGUUAUUUGGACUAUGAAGUACGCUAUGUUCGGAACUUUACUGACAUCGAUGACAAGAUAAUUGCAAGAGCUAACCAAUUGGGGGAAGAUCCUUUUAGCUUAAGCAAAAGAUACUCUGAUGAUUUCCUGUCGGACAUGGCUCAUCUUCAAUGUCUACCACCAUCUGUGGAGCCCCGUGUUUCAGAUCACAUUGAUCAGAUUGUAACCAUGAUAAAACAGAUCAUCGAUAAUGGUUGUGCAUAUGUAGUAAGUGGGGAUGUCUAUUUCUCUGUUGACAAUUUUCCUGAAUAUGGGAAGUUAUCGGGUCGAAAACUAGAUGAUAAUAGAGCUGGUGAAAGGGUUGCAGUUGACGAGAGAAAGAAAAACCCAGCUGAUUUUGCCCUAUGGAAGGCUGCAAAAGAUGGGGAGCCAUGGUGGGAUAUCCCUUGGGGCCCGGGUAGGCCAGGAUGGCACAUUGAAUGCAGUGCCAUGAGUGCACAAUACUUGGGCAAUUCUUUUGACAUUCAUGGUGGCGGGGAGGACCUGAUAUUUCCACAUCAUGAGAAUGAAAUUGCUCAAAGCUGUGCAGCAUGUUGUGACAGCAGCAUAAAUUACUGGGUGCACAAUGGUUUUGUCAAUGUAAAUGGCCAGAAAAUGUCUAAAUCGCUUGGUAACUUUAUCACUAUACGCAAGGUCAUAGAGCUGUACCACCCGCUUGCAUUGAGGAUGUUCUUGCUUGGUACCCACUACAGGUCACCAAUCAACUACACAGUUGAGCAGCUUAAUGUUGCAUCAGAUAGAUUGUACUACACUUAUCAGACAUUGCGCGACUGUGAAGAAAGCACCCAGCAGGACCAAAGCAGUAGCGGAGGUUCACUACCUUUUACUACCACGCACUGCAUCGAGAAGCUUCACGAGGAUUUCGAAACCUCGAUGUCCGAUGAUCUUCACACUUCGGUGGCGCUAGCUGCUAUUUCCGAGCCGUUGAAAGUUAUGAAUGAUUUGCUGCAUACUCGUAAGGUAAAGCCAGUGAUAAUAAACUUGUGGAGGUACAUUUUGGAUUCACUACUCUACUCAGGUAGAAGUACUAGUCGCCUUGACUACUUUCUUUGCUCUGGUGUUGUGUUUGGUCAGGGAAAGAAGCAGGAGAAACGGCUGGAAUCACUCGCGGCGUUGGAAGAGAAAGUGAGAAUGGUGCUUUCUGUCCUAGGGCUGAUGCCUUCGAGCUACCAUGAGGCUCUGCAGCAGCUGCGGGAGAAGGCGCUGCGGAGGGCGGGCGUCACCGAGGAGCAGGUGGUGCAGAAGAUCGAGGAGCGGACAGCGGCGAGGAAGGCGAAGCAGUUCGGUCGGUCGGACGAGAUCCGGGACGAGCUGGCGGCCCUCGGCGUCGCCCUCAUGGACGGCCCCGACGGCACCGCCUGGAGGCCCUCCGUGCCGGCCUCGGAGCAGCCCGUGGCUGCCAAGAGCAGUACAUGAACAUGAACCCCCAGCGCGGCACCCUCUCCAGCCGGUGACAGUUUUGAGAAACCGCAAUGUAUGUAUGUUAUCGAGUCCAUGACCUGCAGUAGUGAAUGAAAUGUAGAGGGACAGAGAACAGUUUUGAUCGAUGCCUGCAAUGUGCCAACAAAAAAAUUGUGCCAGAAAGUCUAUCUAUCCAUAAUAAUAAUUGUGCA